AGCGCCGCGCGCCAGCCGUUACCGCAGACCCCGCCCCUUCCGGGGCGCUCGGCCGCGCCGCCGCCCCCGCCUCCCUCCGUCCGCCCGUCGGUCCCUCCCUCCCGCUCCCGCUCUCCUUUUGUGAGUUAUAGCAACCGUUGCCUUGUGAGUCGAGCGCCAUAGUCACCGUAGUCCUGGCGACUGUUACCCAUCAACAACAGCCGCUCCGCUCCCGCUCCUGCUCCUCCUCCUCCUGCCGCUGCUCCGCACCCCCUGCCUCACCGUCACCCACCACAACAACAACAACAACAACCGCAGCCGCCGCCAGCAGCAGCAGCGACAGCGGGAGCGCCGCCGCAGCCCGCCCCGGCACAGUGGCUACAUUUGAAUGCAAAGUGAACUAGAGACAGUUGGAGGGACAAACUGCAGAAACCCAGUCUUAAAUCAGCUUAAACUGCUGUGGAACCCAGCCUUGAAAGGAAAGUUUGAUGUUGACACCUGGUUCUGCAAGAAGAACAAUGAAUUUUUUUUUCAUACAGUAAUUAAUUCCUCCUGUUAUCUAGUGAGAUCACAAUGCAGACAUCAGAGACUGGGGCGGAUACAGGUUCAACUGUGACUUUACAGACAUCUGUGGCUGGCCAGGCAGCAGUUCCCACACAGGUAGUACAGCAAGUACCAGUUCAGCAACAGGUACAGCAAGUACAGACUGUGCAACAGGUACAGCAUGUCUACCCAGCCCAGGUUCAGUAUGUGGAGGGAAGUGACACAGUCUACACUAAUGGAGCUAUCCGAUCAACAACUUAUCCUUACACAGAAACCCAGAUGUACAGUCAAAACACUGGGGGAAAUUAUUUUGAUACUCAAGGAAGUUCUGCACAGGUGACAACAGUGGUCUCGUCUCAUAGCAUGGUGGGCACUGGAGGGAUUCAGAUGGGCGUAACAGGAGGACAACUCAUUAGCAGCUCAGGAGGGACCUAUCUGAUUGGCAAUUCAAUGGAAAAUUCUGGUCAUACAGUGACUCACACAACGCGGGCCUCCCCAGCGACAAUUGAAAUGGCGAUUGAGACACUGCAAAAGUCUGAUGGUCUGUCCACUCACAGAAGCUCUCUUCUCAACAGCCAUCUUCAAUGGCUUUUAGACAACUAUGAAACUGCAGAAGGAGUGAGCCUUCCAAGAAGUACCCUUUACAACCAUUACUUAAGACACUGUCAGGAGCACAAGUUGGAUCCAGUCAAUGCUGCCUCCUUUGGAAAACUCAUACGGUCAAUCUUCAUGGGACUACGCACCAGAAGACUUGGAACUAGGGGGAACUCCAAAUAUCAUUAUUAUGGGAUUCGGGUCAAGCCAGACUCUCCUCUUAAUCGACUACAAGAGGACAUGCAAUAUAUGGCCAUGAGACAACAGCCCAUGCAGCAGAAACAGAGGUAUAAGCCUAUGCAGAAAGUGGAUGGAGUUGCAGAUGGCUUCACAGGAAGUGGUCAACAGACAGGCACAUCUGUUGAACAAACUGUAAUUGCCCAAAGUCAACAUCAUCAACAGUUUCUAGAUGCAUCUCGAGUACUGCCAGAGUUUGGAGAAGUUGAAAUAUCUUCUCUGCCAGAUGGUACUACCUUUGAGGACAUCAAAUCACUACAGAGUCUUUAUCGAGAGCACUGUGAGGCAAUACUGGAUGUGGUUGUUAAUCUUCAAUUCAGCCUGAUAGAAAAAUUGUGGCAAACUUUCUGGCGCUAUUCUCCUUCUGCUCCACCUGAUGGCACUCCUGUUAAUGAACCAAGCAAUCUGAGCGAAAUAGAAAGUCGACUUCCUAAAGCAAAGCUGAUUACUCUGUGCAAGAAUGAGUCUAUUCUGAAAUGGAUGUGUAACUGUGACCAUGUGAUGUACCAGGCUUUGGUGGAGAUUCUCAUUCCUGACGUCCUUAGACCUAUUCCUAGUGCCUUGACCCAAGCCAUUCGCAAUUUUGCAAAAAGCCUUGAAGGCUGGCUUUCAAAUGCCAUGAACAAUAUUCCACAGAGGAUGAUACAAACCAAGGUUGCCGCUGUAAGUGCCUUUGCCCAGACUCUGCGAAGAUACACAUCUCUUAAUCACCUGGCUCAAGCAGCUCGUGCUGUGCUUCAAAAUACUUCUCAAAUCAACCAAAUGCUCAAUGAUCUCAACCGUGUUGAUUUUGCCAAUGUUCAGGAGCAGGCUUCCUGGGUGUGCCAGUGUGAUGACAACAUGGUUCAGAGACUCGAAACAGAUUUCAAGAUGACUCUUCAACAGCAGAGCACUCUGGAGCAGUGGGCUGCCUGGCUUGAUAAUGUAAUGAUGCAAGCAUUGAAACCGUAUGAAGGAAGACCCAGCUUUCCUAAAGCAGCACGGCAAUUUCUGUUAAAAUGGUCUUUCUACAGCUCAAUGGUGAUUCGGGAUUUAACCUUGCGCAGUGCUGCUAGCUUUGGCUCUUUUCAUCUGAUCCGCUUGCUUUACGAUGAAUACAUGUUUUACUUAGUAGAACAUCGUGUUGCUCAGGCAACAGGAGAGACACCUAUUGCAGUUAUGGGAGAGUUUGGUGAUUUAAAUGCUGUGUCCCCUGGAAAUAUGGAUAAAGAUGAGGGCAGCGAAGUUGAAAGUGAAAUAGAUGAAGAGCUGGAAGAAAGUGGAGAGCCACAAGCUAAGAGGGAGAAAACAGAGCUAAACCAGGCAUUCCAGGUGGGCUGCAUGCAGCCAGUGCUUGAGAGUGGAGUACAGCAGAACCUCCUGAACCCAAUUCAUAAUGAGCACAUUGUUGCAACUACUCAGACUAUCAGACAAUGCAGUGCUACUGGAAAUACAUAUACUGCAGUCUAAUGUGAAACUUCCUCUGGCCUCCAACACAUGCCCCAUUGCAUUAGCUGUUUAGGUUUAAUAUGAAAAAGAAAAAAAAAGAGAAUAAGUCUGAAAGUUGACUGUUGUCAAAUAUAACUGUUCUGAUCAUUAUUUUGUUGGAGUUGUUGAAUGGAAUGGGUGUACGUAUUUUGCCAGGUCUGUUUAGAAACAAAUUUUUGUAAACUAAAUCAUUUUACUUUGGCCACUCAAUAUGAAGAGGUUUCUUUGUAUCAAAUGCAAGGAAGAUUUUUGCAAAGUUUAAUGUUAAUGUUUUGUCCUCUUAUAAUAAUUUAAUUUUUUUUCAUCAUUUAAAAAAUAUUUUAAUGUUAAUUAUUAGUUAUUAUGCUGAUUUCAUAUAGAUAGGUUUUUAAUUAGAUGCACUUCUGUGAAAUAUCAAAAGAACUGUUUUCUUUGAUUUACACUGGAGGCAUACUUAUUUGACAGCAGAUGUAUCAAAUUUGUUAUAAAAGGUGCUUUUCAUCGUACUACGAGAAGACACUAUUUUGAUAAAAUUGUGAGUAUUCAGGGGGAUUUUUUGUAAUAAUGCUGGAGGGUUGAGAAGAUCUCCUCGUUUCUUCCUGUGAGGAAGAAGCUGUUUAAAGACAGAAUUGUAUCAGAAUGUGGUAAUCUGUAUGACAUAAAUGUACCUAAUUAUCUGAACAUGAUGUAAACAAUGCAAGCUUCAUUUAAAAUCAACAGUUUCAGAUAUUAUUUGCAUACCAGUUCCUCUGUUUUGAAGACUACUGAUUCUAUAUGUGAGGCCACUGAACUGAUGCUUUUGAUUGUUCAGUGGCACUGUAGUUGUUAGAAACUGAAGCUAAAAAAGAAGUGACUUGAUUAUUGUUAAUUUUAUGUGUAUGUGCUACUUAUGCUGAACUGGACAUACAGGAAAACAUUCCAUUUGGAUGACUUUCUUCUAUUCCAGGUCUUUUCCUACUAGUGGUUCAAUCUGCUGCUCUUAGAAAAGAUGAUUUAUAGAAUGCAAGGAAUGUAGCAACCUGCAUCAUUUUCCUUUCAAAAACAUUUCCUUGUUGUUAAAGUGGAUUUAAAUUUUUACAAAAAUUAGACAAGGCAGUGUAACUGGCACACCUCACUUGUACCUAUUCCCAAUUGUGUAGAAUUUGAAUAGGUGGCUAGAUGGACCAUUGCCAUUUAAGAAUGUACAUCAGGGAUCAUUGUACCUCGGCUAUUACAUGGUGCCUUAAACAGAACUGAAGCUAAGACUUAGUACUUUCUGUUAUUCUUAACUCUUAAAUUAAUUCAACAAGGUGUGCCUGUCAUUUUCAAAUUCCCUAAGAAGUAAGGACAGGUUACACAGCCUUCAAAAGAAUAAAAGGAUUUUUUUAUUAUUAAAUAAUUUUAAUAUCCCUCUUAGAAUGACAAUAGACCUAUUUUUUCUCGUUUCUAGCUGGAUUUCACUUUAAUAGAAAUAAAAUUUGCUUGGGAAUUUGGAAAGCAAAACUAGCUUUAAUACCAACUUCAAAUGUCAAAAUAGAUUGACCAUAGUCCCAAGCAUGAUUAUAUAUUUUCUAAACCCUUGCCUACUUUUAAUUUUAAAAACUAAAAAGAAAUAAAUGAGCAGGUACAUAAUGCAGUGCAUGUUUUCAAUUUCUAUAUUUUGUGGUGUAUCAGCCAGAUAUUACAUUUUAAUGGUUAAAUAAUAUCAGUUUAUAGAGACCAUAUUAAUUGACAUUAAAGAACUCAAGUUUUUCUUCAAAAACAUUUCAUUAUGCAGACACAUGAAUUUACUACACUAAAGUAGAAGAAUUAAAUAAGAAAAAAAAUCCAAAAAGUGAAUGAGAACACAAAAAGAUCAACUUUAUAGGAAAGACUGUGUAAAAAAAAAUAGGAUUCUUUUAUUCUGGUUUAUCUAGUGUGUCUGGAAAUGACUUUAAAGUCAUAUAUACCAAAUGGGAGAAGAGCAUGUAAAAUGGAAGUUUAUUUAUAGCAAACAAGUUUGUUGCUAGAGUUUACAUAUGCUCCAAAUACAGCUGCACAUAAACUAAAUGUCCUAACAUUACUGGUGCACAAAAAAAAAUUUAAUUCCUCUGCAGAAUUGUGAACCCAUCCAGCUCAUUCUGUGUAGGCUUAAUUCCUACCAAGGUCAGUAGAUGGCUUUUGCCUCAGUAAAAAGUAAAAGUGACAUUUAUAUUCAUUAUUUCUAAACUCAUAAAUGCACUGAAUCUCAUUUUAGAUUUUGUUGUCACAUAUAUCACUCAGUGUGUCCUGAUUUUUCCUUAGAAAUCAGCACAUCUGUACCCUUCACCAAAAAUGCUAAAACUAAGCUGUGAUAAAUAUUUACUCCCCUUCAUUGUGCAUUAUAAGAUGUUUACAAGUAAAAUAAAGUGAAAUAAUUCAA